GCCGAAGGCCCGUGAAUGUCUCCUCUGUAAAAGAAAUGGUUUGCUCCGGUUUGUCUGAGAGGAUAACUUUGGUUUCUGUUGACUCUCUCUGUGUGUGUGUGUGUGUGUGUGUGUGUGUGUACAAAUGUAACCCGAGAGAGUGACUGUACUGUGACAGAGAUCAACAGGUGUUUGGCGCGGUCUCUCCAAUUGCUGCAGUUGCUCCAAUUUCGGUCCUCGAGUGUGCAGCGCCUCGUGGAUCAAGCGUUGUCACCUUGUCCGCGGGUUUGCUGAUGACACGUUAAAUCAAACAGAAAAAAAAAUUUAACCACAGAAUGUUGAUAAAGUCAAGUGCGUGUUUUGACUGGAUAGGCGCGCGCGGGACGUCAGUUACAGGAAUUCACGCUUGUGAUAAGAGAAAAGCCGACAUCCGUGGAAACGCUUAUUCCAUUCAUUCUUCAAGUUGAGGGCGCCAUGGACCUGCUGAAAGAACUCAGAGGUUUCAACAUGACCCUCAAACUUCUUCAGGAAACGAGGAUAGGCAUGUCCGUGAACGGGAUCAGGAAGCACUGCACAGACGAGGAAGUCAUUGCCUUGGCAAAGGUCCUUAUCAAAGACUGGAAAAGACUCCUGGACUCUGGCUGCUCUGAGAAAUCAACUGAAAUGAAGAAUGGAGUGGACUCCAGCGCAACUGCAGUGUCUCCAAACAGCUCACCCUCCAAGACACAGAGUAGUCACAGGAGACUGGAUGUCAAACUCAAGAAUGACUCAAAUCUUGACAAAAAACACUUGGAUAAAAAGACAAAAGAGAAACAUAGCGAUGAGCACAAGAACAAAAAGAGACACGAGGAUGAACUCAGGGAUGUAAAGCACUUGGAGGAGCCACAAGAAAGCAAUAAAGAAAAGCAUUUAGAAGAAUCCAAGAAACAAAAAUCCGUGGAGGAUCAACACCUGGAGACAGACAACAAGAAACAGAAGCAUGUUCCAGACCUGCAGGGUGAAAAAUACAAGACAGAACCAAGGAAACAAAGACCAUUAGAGACACCAAAAAAGCCGAGACACCUUGAAGAACAUCAAAAGGGGAAGUACCACGAGGAGCACAAGAAGCACCGCAGUGACGCAAAGAAGGACAAGCUGAGGGAAGACGGCAGACAUGAGAGGCCGGCGAAUACACCGCAGCAAGAGAGACUGCAGAGUGAACCGCAGAGAGAGAAACCCACUGAUAUUCACAAGACAGUAUUUCAAAGGAGAGGAGUCUUAGAUGGCAGCAUUCUGUAUCCCACUCGGAUCCCCUCUCCUCCCCGACCUGCUCGACCUCCUCUCCUGAUCAAACGUCCCUCUUUGGAUGUGAAAAUAGAAAGGAAGGACGGUAAAGACUCUUCCUCCCGACAUACGCGUCCUCACGCCUCUCAACCUGCCUCUCCUCUGGCAAAGCAACGACCUCUACUCGAGGCAAAGAAUGAGAGGAAAGUUCCCCCGGACCCAAACGCUCCGAUAGCUCCGCUCCCUCUUCACCUUCAUCCACCUCCACCAAGAAAAGAGCCUCCCGACCCCAAUGCUCCUCUUCCUCCGCUCCCUCUUCACCUUCACCCACCACCUCCUCCGAAGCGUCCCUCUCUAGAGGGGAAAAAGGACAGAGAGAGGUCUGCAUCAGAUGAGUGGUGCAAGUCUGAAAUCACUGCCUUGACCAGGAAGGAGUCGCUGGACUCGAAACCUCCGUCACAGAAGAAACAGACAUCGGAUCACGUGAAGAGAGACAGGAAAGACUCAUCGGACAGCAAAGUCUCGAACAAAACCUCAGACGAAGUGAAACGAGAAAGGAAAGAUUCCUCUGAUGGUAAACAACCACCUCCCAAAAGGCCCAGCUUGGAUGUCAAGAAAGAAAAACACAGGAAGGACUCCUGUGACUCAAAGCCUGGACAACCUGUGAAACGUCCCUCAUCUGACUCCAAAGCGGACAGACGUGACUCCACUGAUGCAAAGAAAAGCUGUCCUCUACCAGCAAAGAAGCUAACGAGUGAAAGGAGAGACUCGCACAGCUCCAAGACCCCUCAGCCUGGACCUCCACAGAGGAAGCCCUCAACUGACAGUGUUGAAAGCAGGAAAGGAAAGCUCGAGGCUCCUAAAACUCCCACUACUCCCACCAGCCCCAUGUCCCCCGGCUUCAGUUCUCCUGGAGGUCCACUGUCCCCACACCUGGCUACUGGAGACACCGUCAGAGACAAGUGCAUUGAGAUGCUGACAGCUGCCCUGCGCACGGACAAUGACUACAAAAUCUUUGGAGCCAACUGUGACGGCAUGGCAGCGGAGAUUGAAGAUCAUAUCUACCAGGAGAUAAAGGCCACCGAUCUGAAGUAUAAGAACAGAGUACGCAGCCGCAUCAGCAACUUGAAGGACCCGAAGAACCCCGGGCUCCGCAAAAACGUCCUGGCCGGGAACAUUGACCUGAGCCGCAUCGCUGCCAUGUCUGCUGAGGAAAUGGCCAGUGACGAGCUGAAACAGCUGAGGAACGCCCUCACCCUGGAGGCCAUCAGGGAGCACCAGAUGGCCAAAACUGGUGGCACCUCCACUGACUUGCUGCAGUGCGGCAAGUGCAAGAAGAGGAACUGCACCUACAACCAGGUGCAGACACGCAGUGCUGACGAGCCAAUGACCACAUUUGUCCUGUGUAAUGAAUGUGGUAACCGCUGGAAGUUCUGCUGAUGUCUUCCAGGUCAAACCACAUUUUUUUGUUUGUUUGUUUUUUGAGCAUUUUGAACUGCAUAUUUUCUAUAAUGUGAGGCAAAGAGAGUUUAUAUAUAAUUGCAGCUUGUGAUUUGAGAACAGUAGCAUUCUUACGAUUUGUACUCGACUUUUGUAAGCAUGUACUAAUAAUAAGGGUUUGCUUUAUUUGGCUUUGAAGACUGAGCAUGAGUCAUCAAAUCACCCCAUUUAUAAUUAUCAUGGUGCUAUAAAUAUUGAAAGACAAUCAUGGUCCGGUUAAUAUACUGUGUCAUAGUACAGCUGUUUUGUUUGUAUAUAUAGAACCCCAACAAACUGCAUAAAUCAUAAACAACUUUAAACAAAUUGUUUAAUAAAAACAUAAAUAAAGGUCUUACAAUGUCA